AUGGAAACCAACGCCGACCAUCACCAGCGGCCGUUGCUACCGCGGCCAUCAUUCUCAAACCUGCUGCUGUCGUCGUUUUACCCACGGCCGCUACCUUACCCAUUACAGAUACGGGAUUUUUGUAUUGAGCAGAUUGGAAACGCCUCUAAUACCCGAAACCAUGAGCUUCCACCAGCGAGAAUCAAGAAAAUCAUGAAGUCGGACCCCAACGUCAACAUGAUCGCCGGGGAGGCUCCGAUACUCUUAUCGAAGGCCUGUGAGAUGCUAAUUGUUGAUCUCACGAUGCGAUCGUGGCUUAAUACCGUGGAGAGGGGACAAAAAAAGCUCAAGAGAUCCGACAUCUCCGUCGCAGUGACUCGUGGUUUGAGUUUUACCUUUCUUGUUGACAUUGUUCCAAGAGACGAGUCCGUCAACGUUGUUGAUCCUCGUUUUGUGGACAUGCUAAUUCCCCGCAGUGAAGACCUGCCGCCGGGAAUGGUGCUCGGACAUCCGGUGGUAGGUUGUAAUGGUAUGUAUUUCAUUCCGCCGCAGAUGCAGGAGUUGCCGGCUGCGCCUUGUGAUGGGGAGGAGGAGGAGGCGGUUGGUGACGGAGAGGAGGCGGCUGGUGACCUAGAGGAGGCGGCUGGUGACCAAGAGGAGGCAGCUGGGGAGAUUGAAGAAAACAGCGGGAAUUAA